AUGGAAUAUGCAAACCACUGGACUACUGAGUCAUCGUUCAUCCACAAAACUGGAAGAACAAUUAUUCAACAACCAAGGAGGGCAGCACUGGUGAGACAAAGAAAUAUGAUUGCAUCAAUUAAAGAUGGACGGGACUGGUGGAAAAUUGAACCAAAAUACUCUACUAAAGUUCUCAUUGGAAACUGGCUGGAAGAGAGAAAAAGGUUUAUCAAACCCACUGGGAAACUUGGCUGCAGCAUAUACAGCACAGACUUCGUUUGCUUCCCAGAUCACAAACCAGAACAAACACUAAGAAGAAUCAUGAUGAAGAAAUAUGAGGGCCUGCCAGCACAGCACUUCUUCACACAUCACGAGGAACCAAGAAGCCGAAAUUUAGUAUCAGAGUAUGACGAUAAAUACAAUAGACACGGUUAUGACCCUGUGCUGCCUCCCCUCCGCAGCUGGAAUGGACGCAAGCUUGCCUGGAUUCCUCAGAAAUCAGAUUUCCCCAUUCUUGAACCACCCACCAACUACGGCCUUCUCGAGCACCUGAUGAAAAAAUGGCACAAGAAAGAAGCGGAAAUGAUGAGGAGUGUCUACACCAUUUCCUACGAAAAGCCACCAAUUUCUGCUUUUGCUAAAACUGAUGGCCUCUCUUCCAGGCAGGGACGUCAUCCCCAUCGUAUUGGUAGAAUCCUGGACUAUGAAGGGAGUCAGAAAUAUCUGCAAGCCCUCGGCCAACUAGCGAGAGACAGAAAAGCAAGAGAUGCCUCUAUGUAAACGGCUUAGUGUGAUCUUAAGUACUACUUAAUACAGCUUGUUGCUCAUAUACGUAAGAGUGAUCUGCUCUGUGCGGAAGGAAUGGGAAUUAGGUUACGCAGGCAGAGGGAGGGCUGACUGCUGGUUAGAGCAAGUUGCUGGGUUACGUUCUGAGCUGCAGAUGGCUAGGAAUAUUUUUUCAACAGAAGAUAUUAAAUCACUGAAAACAAAAUUUAUAUCUGUCAGACUCUAGUCAAUGAACAGCUGCAUUAAAAAACAGAA